UCUAAAAACAAAAAAAUCGCUCUCAUCAAUGGCGGCUCAUUCCAACAGUUCCCUCUCUCCACUCUCUUCCAAACCCAUUAAUCCAAAUCCAAGAAACCCCGAAACCAAUUCAACAAUUCGCAGAAGCUUCACUGCUACCAACAAACCCUCGCCUCUCAUUAAUCAGAGACGCCUCGAUCCGUUCACACCUGCUAAUAGCCCUUCAGAAUUUGGGGGAAGAAGAUGUGUGGAUAGAGAUUGCGAAGAGAAAGAGAAUGGUGAAAAAGACUGCAUUUUGAAAGCUUCGAAAUUGCAAUCUCCGGCGAAGGGUUGCAAGAAUUUCAUCGCGCCCACGAUUUCUGCGGCCUCGAAGUUCACUCCUUCGCCGAGGAAGAAGGUUUUGGUGGAUAGGAACGAGCCUGUUCGGACCUCCAUCUCGUUCUCAGAUGGAAAGGCCAUGUUUUUCUCUAAUGAGAAUAUGUCAGCUUCUGUUGUUGAGACUCAUCCGGUUUCGAAGCCUUGCAAGAAGGUGACUUUUUCGGAUGAAUCAGUGAUUACUGAUUCUGAUGGUGUGGGAGUGGAGUCGAAGGUUGUUCAGUCUCCCAUUGAUGUUGAUCCGUGUCUCCCGCCUUAUGAUCCGAAAACCAACUACUUGUCUCCGAGGCCUCAGUUUAUUCGUUACAAGCCAAAUCCCAUAGUUGAGAUGCUCUUGAACAAGGAAAAGGGGAUGGAUUCGGAUGAAUUUGAAUAUAGCCUAAUGGCAGAGAUGUUUGUCCGUGGGCUCUCAGACUCUGAUGAGGCCUCAGCUGAUAUGGUGGUUGGAUUGAAUGAAGAGAGAUGGAAGCUGUUGACCAUGUCUCAGACUCGCCUUCUUUGGUAUUGCCGAUUGUUACAUCUCCAGCUGAUCAAAUCUUGGAGGAGGAACUUGUUGGGAGUGAUGGGAAGAAGGCAAUUGAUCAUGAAUCUGAGCUGCCUUCUCUGGCAUUGCCGGUUCGUACAGCUCCAGCUGAUGAAAUCUGAAGGAGGAAUUGCUGGUGCGUCGGUUUCUGUGACGAGCACUCCUUCAUUUGAUGAGUCGUUGUUGUUCAUUAAGGACCUGAGCUUGUCUGAUUUGAGUAGUAGCAGCUUGUACGAGCAAUCAAGAGCUGUUGUUGCCUCUGCAAGGUCGAGUCUAGGCUGUGAGGCAUAUUUUCUGAAACAAGUGGAGAGCGUUGAAGAGGAUUUGGACAGUGAAAUGGAAGAUGAAGCCUAUGCAGAUGAGGAGAUUGAUCUUGAAGCUGAAAUUGAUGCAUUUGAAGAGAUGGAUCAAUCAGCUGACUGGGAUGAUUACACUGAGAAGGAAAUUGAUGAAACCAUGCAGAAACUGCUUCUGAUACUGUGA